AUGUCAAGAGGAUACUUGUAUUUUUUUAAUUUUUGUGUACUUUUAUUAUUUUUAAUAUUAAAAACCACACAACCAACAUUAGCAUCUUCAUCACCAUCAUACACAUAUUCUUCAUCUUCAUCAUCUUCUUCAGAAUCUUUAGAGAUUAUAGAAUAUGAUAUUACAUCAUGUAAUGGAGAUUGUCAAUACUUUGAUAAGACUGUAUGGAUAGGAGGUGUAAUACCUAAUACAGCUAAUUAUCAUGCAGUGAUCAAUGUGACUGCCGAUAAUAGACCACUCAACAUAUACAUCAAUUACGCUGAUUUGACAGUUGGAGCUUUGACUGUUAUUUCAAAUGGUCGUUUCACAGUGACCGUAGAUUCAGGUGUCGACGUUGACAUUGUACAUGACUUGCAAUUGGCUGGUAACUAUGAUUUCACCGUUGACAACAAUCAGACGUUGACCGUUGGUAACUCGAUCCAAGCUAGCAAGGGAAAGAUAAGCUUCUCGGGUGCCGACAUGGCAUUUGGAUACGGGUCAUUUACUGAUGGCUGUUUAUUGGUCGUUCAAUCAGCUUCGACGUUUACUUCAAUCGAUGGUGUCUACCUCGACUCGAUACACAUGCUUUUGUACGCAACUAUCAAUCUUGGUGGCAAGAGUUAUGUCUCCAACGUUGACUUUGACCUACGUGACGCAUUGGUAACUGUCCAAGACGCCUACAUAGACAAUACAAGUAUCAUGUCCAAUAUGUUGACCGUCGAGGGGACACUGGUGAUUGGAACGGGCAGUAACUUGACUUCAUUUGGUAAUGUGACGGUCAUUGCACCUGGUUUGAUCCAUUUGCAAGAGGGUGCAGUGUUUGUGUCACAGCAUUCGCCAAACAUAGUCGGGCCGGUACACCUUUUACUCGAGAUGGCGUCAGACGAGGGUAGCAACAUCACACUCGGUCAUUUUGACCAGCUCGUCAUCAACGGAUCGACGUUGAUGGGAAGUUCGAACAUUAUGGACCUGUCUGGUGAGGUGUCGUUUGUAGACACUUAUUUUGGUCAGUUGUCGUACGCCAUCUCGUCGUCGAUCAACAUUCAGUCGACAGGAUGCACCUAUAACCAGAUUGGUGCCAUCUCUGAUGUGUCCUCUGGACCGGUCUACUACAUGAUGUCGGGCUACAACGAGCUCAGCAACACGGCCGGUAUGUCAGCCGACAGCACACAAUUCUUUUUGAAUGUCGGCGCGACGUUUAACGUGUCCAACGGUAACGUCGACCUCAAGUCUAUCGGGUCGUCCAUCGUCGUUAGCUCACGUGCCAUGCUCUACGUUGGAAACACCGUCUUGACAGUUUCGACCAUUGUCAUAAGCGCACUUCAAGGUCUUGCACAUCUCAUGUUUGAGAAUUCACAAAUCACCUCUUCUAUCAUUCUCCAACGUGCCACACUCAAUAUUACCAACACACAUAUCAUUGGAAACGUUCAGUCUAGUCAAUCAACCAUCAAUAUCAUUGGCAAUGAUAAUGGCGACGUUGUAGUCUUCAACAACAACUAUAUCGGCAGUGGUGGUCUAACAUCGUUCAACAUCAUCUCACCCAUUCUCCCAACCCAACCAUCACAAGCUAUUUUCAAUAUCAACGGUCAAUACCAAGACACAACCGGUACAUUCUCAUUUGGACUCUUACAAAACAGCAAAGGGUCGUACCCUCAAAUCACCGCCAACACUCCCUACAUUAUCCUAUCCUCUCUCAACCAAAUAUCAAUCAACACUACCCUAUGCUCAUUUUCAACUUCAUCCGUUACAUCCCUUUCACCUACCUUUUCACUCACUCAAAGUUUACCAAAUUAUUUAUUAACCAUUACAUUUAAUUAG